AGCUUAGAGAAAUCAAUUUAGUUUAAACUAGCUCCAUAAAGGUUAUUGGACAUUAGAACUCAGACCACAUUUCAAAAUCUUGACAACUAGACGCUGAGAUCGACAAAUUUAGUCUUGCUUAUUUUGGGCUAUUUAAUGAAUAUUUUUGUUUCUGCUGCUGCUAAAUAUCUGUCAUGACCAACCUAGAUAUAUACCACUGAUUAAUGGCACAAUAAAUACAAUUUUUUCUAUUGUUUGGAAGUUCCUAUAAAAUCAAUAUUUUGUGAAUGUAUUAUUUCGAAAAUAAAUUAUGAGAACUAAGAGUCGGGAUUUUGUUGUUGUAAAAGCCAAACUUCCAUAUCAGAGGUAUUGUGUAAUUUUUGGUCAUUGUACCCUGCCUUACACUUGACAUUUUAACAGAGUUACGACGUACUUAUUACGUUUAUUUUUGCAUCACUUUAGAAGUGAACAUCUUCGUCUUGUGGUUUCAUGAUACCAUUUAGCAAAAUAUGUCAGCCAACAAGUUACUAGAAGAUGCAAAUAAACUAUGGAAAAUGUUAGAUGAGAUGUCGGAGAAUGAUUUAGAGGGAUACCAAAAGUUUAUUAACAGACAGUUUGAGAAUUUUCGUAAAAGUGUAUCUCCACCUGUUGUACGUUUUGUUGUCAGAGUAACCCAAAAGGAGAAUAAACGACCUUUAUUGGUUAUCUUUUGCGAAUGGUCAGUUAUUCCAGAACCAAAGUCACAUGAUGCUCCUAUUUCUGUCAAAUGUGGUGAUGCAUUUACUGUCAAUGAAGUUGAUGCCAUCACGUUGGCUUUCAAUCCAAAAGUAUUCACUGAGCAUAACUUCAAUGAGUCAUUAAAAGAUGAUGCCACAGAAGGCGAAUAUCUAUUCUAUUCCCAAAAAGAUCACGACGACAAUCGUUAUCAACUUGUUUGGCUUGGAUUAAAUUACUUAGAAAAUGAAAAAUCUCUGCCUACAAUUGAAUCACACAGUAUCAUUUAUUCAAAUACUCCAAUACGUCCUAAACUAUUGAAACAAUCGAACAUGUAUGGAAGUAAAGAACAGAUAUAUAAAUCAAUUGGUUUCUUAAAAAGGCCAGUUAAAACAGGCGAUGAACAACUUGAUCAACAGACUAGCCUUAUCCAAGAUAUGACACCAGAAACUCUAACGAAAUUGAGAAGAGAUGAAUUAAGCAGUCAUUAUGAAGAUGACGAUGACAUGGACUCCAGUACUAUUAAAAUACUUAAGCUGCCAUCUACAGAAUCUAAUAAUUCUCAUUCGUCCAACAAGUUGAAUAAUAAAGUUCUUAUUGAAGAGAUAAACGAAGUGUCAAACGAUGCCGGGGAUCCUACACAACAGAGAGGAAGACCUGUUUCUUGGACAGCUGAAGUAAUUCCUUCUGGUUGCACAGAAAAGUCGGGUAACACCAACAAACUGAAAUUGACAUUCAAGCUGCCUGGUUUAAAAUCAGGCAAACAAUGUGAUGUAGAUUUAAUGAAGAAUCGAGUUAUGCUGAAGGUUGUAGACGCACCGAUUGAAUUUCAACCAUUAGAUCUUCGUUUACCAUGCAGUAUAGACACUGGCACAGCUGAAGCAAAGUUUAAUUCAAAGAAAAGCAAACUGAUUAUUCUUGUUGCAAUACUUCCACCUUCAUAAUAUCUGUACAUCUUAACUGUUAUAUAUUAUUUCGAAAUGUAUUCAUCAUUUAUUCAUCAGUCAUGCAAAAGUCUUUAUUGUAUACUUUUUUUGAUAUGUAAAUUAACAAGUGUAAAAGAUUGAAGUGUUUGACAAUCUAUGCUUAUCGUUUUUAAGAAUGUCAAC